AUGACUACGCCAGAAGUGCCAGUAGGCGCAAAAGUCCAGGUGUCGGUCGGUAUAGGCCAUGUCAGAUGGACUGGCACAAAUCCGGGGUUUGCAGUUGGCAAAUGGGUCGGUGUCGAACUGUUAGAACCAGCAGGAAAAAACGACGGGACUGUCAAAGGAGAACGAUACUUUGAUUGUCCCCCACUAUAUGGUGUCUUUGUUCGACCAAGUCAGGUCAAGAUCUUGGAAACACCAAAGACUGCUGUAAGUCCAUCGUGUCCUCGUCCGUCAUCAGCUAGGCCUCCAGCAACACCUACAACGUCUCGGCUCGCAUCCGGACAGUCAUCGCGUGCUUCAUCACCCCAAAAACCACUGACCUCUCGGGCCCCUCCAACGCCUGGUCAAUCAUCCCGAGUCACUUCCGGUUCUUCCGCCACCGGUGUACCACAAUCUCCCGCUCCCGCUCCUCCGCCUGCUAGACGAGUCUCAUCAACGUCCAGCCGUCCCGGGCAAGGCAACAUCUUCAAGAGGCCACCCUCCGUCCUGGACAGAGCGCCGACGCCGCUGACUACAGCGGAAGAGGAAGAAGAUGAACCUGUCCGCGGUGUGAUAUCGCCUCCGCCUCAAAGGGUGAUAUCUCCCACUCGACGAGUCAUCUCUCCUGUACCCAGUCUAUCUCAUCAGACGGGCACUCGAUCUAUCUCUGCCACCCUCGCUCCUCCUCCCGAACUACCCUCUCCCGAAGCACACCCCGCGGCCAAUCCCACUCCUCGCUCUCCAUCCCCCGAUAAAGGGGCAAUCCAUGAAUCAGCAAUGAAACGCGAGCUUGAAGAGCUGCGGAUCAGAGUCAGGAUUCUCGAAACGCGAAAGCACGAAGAUGGCGAAAAGAUCAAAGAUCUCGAAGGCCGUGUAGGCGAGGCAGACUCGCUGAAAACGGCUCGAGUCCGGUUACAAGCCAAGUUUCAAGAAAUUCAAUCGGCACUCUUGGCUGCGCAGAGGUCGGCGAAGGAUCUUCAGGCGGAGAAUGGAGUGUUGGAAAACCGAGCAGCUGAGGCUGUGGAUCAGCUGGAGAUGGCCGCGCUGGACCGAGAAGUGGCAGAGGAAAAGGCAGAAGCGGCUGAUUCAGAAGUCGUCAAGCUCGGGGAGAGAGUGGAAGAGUUGGAGAUGGAAGUGGCCAUCUUGAAAGAAGAGAAUGCCGAGUAUGAGCGACCGGUUUCCGGUGUGGAAGGCGAAAGGACGAGCCUGGCAUUCGUACAAUUGGAAAAACAUAAUGAGAGGCUCAAGGAUGCUCUCAUCAGGCUUCGUGAUAUGUCAUCUGAGGCCGAAAAGGAUCACAAGACCAAGAUGGCUGAGCUCGAACGAGAGCUGACUUCUCAGGAAGAGCUCAUCACCAACCUCGAAUUAGCUGAAGCCAAGCUAUCGAACGCCGAGUCACAGAUCGAGGACCUCAAGCUCCAGCUCGAUGACGCCCUCGGUGCCGAAGACAUGCUUGAGCAGCUUACAGACCGCAACCUUCAAUUGUCCGAGCGCCUCGAAGAAAUGCGGGCUACAAUCGAAGACUUGGAAGCAUUGAAAGACUUGAACGAUGAAUUAGAGGAAGGGCAUGUGGAGACGGAGAAGCAGUUGAAUGAGGAUAUCGAGGCGCUAGAGAUCGCUUUCAGAGAGGAGAAGAGGAGAGCAGCCGAGCUGGAGGAGGUCGCUCUGGAUAUGGAGAGUACCAUUGGGCAGUUCAGGGAGCUGGUGCAAAGCCUUCAGGGCGAUCUGGAGAAUGUCCGCCUUCAACAGAUGAACCAAGAGAGCGACACGGCCACGGUCACCAAAGAUUCACAAGCUCUCAUGAACCUCAACCUCAAACUCCAAUCGACAGCUGCCAAAGCUCAGUCUAAAACCAUUGACCUCGAACUGAAGAAGCUGGAGGCUACUCAGCUCUUUGAACACCUCCGUAUCGUACAAGCUUACCUACCCGAAGCCUAUCACGAGACGGAAGAAGACUCCGCGAGCAUGUUCUUGUUCUUCAACAGGGUUGGAGCAAAGGUGGACAUGCUGGUCAACGUCGUCAGCCAGGUCCACGGGUUGCCAGCCAGUCUGCAUUCGGCUUCCUCCGAAGCCCUCGUGGGUAUCUGCGAGCUAAAGGGCAAAUUGCGCUACUUUUCUACCCUCAACAAGCGUUUCUCGAGCGUCAUGAAACGCGGUUCCACCGACGACUGGUCUGCCUAUGGCAAAUUCCUCACCGAAAUCACCGGUGUAGAGGCCCGUAUCGACUCGUGGGUUGCCGCCCUCAAGAACGACGAAUUCAGCGAGUGCGAUUGUGCUCGAGACUUGGGGAGCUUGGUGGCCCAGUUUGAUCAUUUGGCGGAGACUGCCUUCCAUCGCCCGCAGUUGGAUGUCGGGGAGCAGCAGCUGGGGUUGGCUCAUGUGUUUGAUUGUGAUCUGGACAACUUUGCGGCAGCUGUUGGGUUUGCCAGGCAUGCCAUCACCAGCUUGGCCGCCGAAGAAGAUAUUGAAAUCGAUGUCGGAGAGUCAUCUCUGGAGGAAAGUGUCUACGACCCGGUCCAGAGGAUACUGGAUCUGGUCAGGAGUGUCCAAGUCCCAUCCGCCAAACUUGUUCACCAAAUUGAGGAGAUUGCACAAGCCUCUUCUGCUUUCAUGCCUGAGAUCACUCUCAUUCUGAGCGACCUCACCGCCUCCGUCUCAAACGCCGUCGAUUUGGCCGUCCAACUCGCUCAGCGCAUCGGCCAGCACACUGCACUUCUCCGUUCAACCAAGCAGCCAUUGAAAUUGUCAGAUAUUGAAGGGUUUUUGGCGGAUGUCACGGCGCAGUCGGCGUCGGCGGGUGUGCAAGCGCAUCCUUGGGAAGUUAUUGGAGCGUUCGUCGCGAAGCUCGGGGAGGAACUCGGAGCGGCUGUGCCAAAAGUCAAAGAGGCUGUAAAGGAAGGCAGAGUGAUGGUCUACGACGCCCCGGCUCCUUGGAUCGCCAGAGUUGCAGCCAUCAAAGAGGCGGCCUCGCACAAUGCCGAGACCGAAAAGCAAGUCCUCAUGCUUACCGAAGAAGUCAAGGAUAUGCUCCGAGAGAUCAAAAUUCGCGAUCAAACCCUUCAAGAGGCGGGCGUCAAAGUCGAAACCCUCGAAAGAAGACUUGAAACUUCCCGCAAGCAGGCCGAUGACAUUGUCGAUCUCGAAAACGAUGUGGCCAAAGCAAAGAAGCAGGAGAAGGUGUAUGCGGAUGCUGUAGAGCAACUGCAGCAGGAAGUAAAUGCCUUGGAGAAUCAGAAUGCUGAGCUUAGGAAGGGCCAGGGUGGUGACAGGCAAGUGAACGCGAACCAAGGUAUCCCUAGCUUCGGGGAGCCCAUCAUAGUCGGUUCCGGGGCCGGCCUCGAAUCUUCUCAGCUCGCGGAACAGGUUGCAAACCUCAAGAGCGCUGUCCGCUUCCUCCGCCAGGAGAAUGCCCUGCUCAAGUCCAAAGAACUGUACAAGGAAAUACAUUCCUUGCCUACUUUGGGCUUCCGCUCUGAGCCUGACGUACCAGAACUUGUUUCUUCAUUAUACAAAGAGACUCCUGCCACCCCAGGAUCCGAAUCUGAAUCUUCUCUUCCAAGUACGCCAACACAUUCCCCUCUUCGCUCCCUACCGCCUACCAAGCACGCCCUCGAGAUGGAAUCGCGAAUACUCCUCUACCAGAUUGCCAAAUUUCAAGCCAGUCCCAAGAUUGUCGAUAUCUCACAAUUGGGUGGAGAAAAGGUCGGAUGGAAGAGCCGGAAGAAUGCCCCGGAGGUGCAGGUGGGAGAGUGGAAGAAGAAGGAGAGGAGGUUAGAAAGACGGUUGGAGGGAUUGGUCGGGAGGGCGAGGAGCCUGGGUGAACGAUCAAACCUGUAUAGAUAA